CACACUUCUACACUAAAUCAAACUCAAUAAACCACUAAAAUGGUCUCUACAAUCCAAUCUGGUGCUCGCGUCCUUGUUACUGGCGCUACCGGCUACCUCGGUGCAGCUGUUGCUGAGCAGUUUAUUCAGGAAGGUUACAUUGUUGUCGGCUCCGCUAGAACACUAUCAAAGGCAGAAAAUGUCAAGAGCUUCUUUGAUAAGAAGUACGGAUCUGGCAAAUUUGAUAUUUAUGCGUCGGGCGAUCUCGAGAAAGAAGGCGCUUUUGACGAUGCGGUGAAAGACGUGGCAGCUAUUGUACACGUUGCAUCUCCCGUGGGUGUUGCGUCUGAUGAUCCCAUCAAGGACGUCGUUGAUGUGGCUGUCAAAGGCACUACAAGUCUACUAAACUCCGCACUGAAGUAUGGCCAGAACGUCAAAUCUGUGGUGGUGGUAUCCAGCGUGGCCAGUGUUCUCGAUUCUUCUGUGCCAGAAGAAUACGUUUAUAAUGAGAAGGACUGGAAUGAUGGUGCCUUAAAGACUGCGCUCGAACUUAAGGCAAAAGGCGAAGCCAUCAAUCCAUUCUUAGCAUAUAUGGCUAGCAAGAAUGAAGCUGAACGUGCGGUAUGGAAUUUUAAAGAGAACAACAAGCCCACAUUCACUUUGUCAACUGUAUUACCAACGUACCUGUUUGGAGCCAUUGUACCCACUCCACGAUCGGUUGCUGACGUCAAUGCUGCCAGUACAGCCAGACAUAUUGUGAACUAUUAUACCGGUGAGAACAAAGAUUACAAACAAGUGCUUCCACCUGUAGGUUUCGUCAGUAUCGUUGACGUUGCUCGUGCAAGUGUCCUCAUCGUCGAGAAAAAUGACGUGUCGGAUGGGCAGCGAUACUUGUUAAACGCCGGUCCUUACUCUUUCCAACAAAUCGUGGAUAUUUUGCGCAAGAAUUAUCCCGAACGACAAAGCAUCAUUGUCAAAGGCGAACCUGGAAACUACGAGAAGGCAAAUCUGCCCAAGCAAUAUGAUGGUAGUAAAAUCACUCGUGAUCUUGGUCUCAAGUACACUGAUCUUGAGACGGUGAUCCUAGCUACCAUAAACAGCGCUAAAGAUGUCCUACAGUAAAGAUUUAUAAAUUGUCUAGUGAAUAAAAUCAGCAUUUCUGGCAAAUCAGUA